UCUGUUGAAGAUUGUAUUAACCUGUGUAAUUUACUAGUCAUUCAGGGAAAAAGUCAAUGAACCAGUUUUUGAGAUAGCAACGUGUCACAUAGUUAACAUCAGCUACGUUGACGUCAGUUAGCUAGCUAACUGAACUUCUCAGCUGGAGACAACAUAUUCCGUGACAGAGCAAUUUUGACAGAGUUAAAUGCCUUUCUGCCUCCCGCUUCGGCUGAUCAAUUGUUGACCCUCUCCAGUUGAAGCCUAAAAUGAAAGCGCUGAUCUUGGUUGGUGGAUAUGGCACCAGACUCCGGCCCCUCACCCUGAGUGUGCCGAAGCCGCUGGUUGAGUUCUGCAACAAGCCGAUCCUGCUGCACCAAGUGGAAGCUCUGGUGAAGGCUGGUGUCAAUCAUGUAAUCUUGGCUGUGAGUUACAUGUCUGAGUUGCUGGAACGAGAGAUGAGGGCCCAGGAAGAGAGGCUUGGCAUCCGGAUAUCCCUCUCUCAUGAGAAGGAGCCACUGGGAACAGCGGGCCCCCUUGCCCUGGCCAGGGAGCUGCUGAUGGACAACGCUGAGCCCUUCUUUGUGCUUAACAGCGAUGUCAUCUGUGAAUUUCCCUUCGAGGACAUGCUGAGAUUCCACAAACAUCAUGGAAAGGAGGGCACCAUUGUGGUGACUAAGGUGGAGGAGCCCUCCAAGUAUGGCGUGGUGGUGUUUGAGACAGAGAGUGGACGCAUCCAUCGCUUUGUGGAGAAACCGCAAGUCUUCGUCUCCAACAAGAUCAAUGCAGGGAUGUACAUCUUCAGUCCCUCCAUGCUGAACAGGAUCCAGCUAAGGCCCACCUCUAUUGAGAAGGAGAUCUUCCCAGUGAUGGCCCAGGAAGGACAUCUAUAUGCCAUGGAGCUCCAAGGGUUCUGGAUGGAUAUUGGCCAGCCCAAGGACUUCCUGACAGGGAUGUGUAUGUAUCUGCAGUCUUUGAGGCAGCAGGGUCCAGAGAAGUUGCGCACUGGACCAGGAUUUUUGGGCAAUGUACUGGUGGACCCUACGGCUCAGAUUGGGGAGAACUGCACCAUAGGUCCAAACGUGACGUUGGGCGCAGGGGUGGUGCUGGAGGACGGGGUACGAAUCAAGCGCUGCACUGUGCUAAAGGGGGCGCGGGUGCGCUCCCACUCCUGGCUGGAGUCCUGCAUCAUCGGCUGGAGCUCCUCCGUAGGGCAGUGGGUGCGGAUGGAGAACGUGACAGUGCUGGGGGAGGACGUGAUCGUGAACGACGAGCUGUACCUGAACGGUGCCAACGUGCUGCCUCAUAAGUCCAUCACCGACUCCGUGCCUGAGCCGCGCAUCAUCAUGUAGACUGGAUUCCUGCUGCUCUCGGGCUGGGACGGGGGCACCAGGCAGUGUGCCAGCCAGAGGGACAGGAGAGACAGACAGACAGGCAGGCAGGCAGGCAGACAGGCAGACAGGGAGACAACUCGGACAUAGCUGCUGUGACAUUCACUAUGCAUGACAGAGAACAGUUAAAGGUUGCAGUAUGGAUCAUGGGAGUAAAGUAUGGGUAUGUAUGUGUGUGUCUGCCUAGGUUUCGAGAUCACUUCUUUAUGUGUAUGUUUGUGUAUGGGGACUGAGAAAGGGAAUGGGGGUUUUUUGUGGUUGUGAAACUGUGUGACGUGGGCGGGUCAAGUCAAGGUCAAACGAGGUAUGCGUGCGUGUGUCAGAGAGUACAUGGACAAUGUCUGCAAUACAUCACUGGUGACUUUACAUCAUGCCCUCGUGGCAGCUGCUUAAAAUUGUUCAUGUGAAGGAACACUUCAAUACAAAGUCUUUUUUCAUGAAAACAGAGGGAAAGUUUGUAAUAGCUUAUGAACAAAAACUCUAGGGUGGUUUCAAGUAUCACAUCGCCUUAAGAAGCUUUUUUUGGGCAAUUACUUUUUUCUGUUAUGACCUGAUGCCAAUGUCAGCCAAAUGCCUGAUAAUCUUGUAACAUUUAAGUUGAACCAGGAAUAUAUAUAGACUCUAUUUAGAUUUAUACUUAGUUUUUACUGACAUUGUUGAGCAGAAAUCUUCUAUUGCCUAAUGUUUAUUUAGGUAAGAUACUCUGAAGGAAGUGCUGACAGUGUGUGAGGCUUUAGAAACCCUUCAGGUAAAGCUGAGGGUUCCCAAUGCUGUUAGAUUAAAAAAAAAACCCAUUCCAUUUAGUCAUAAUGCAGUCUAUCUCAAUAGAGGUAUGCAGAGCCAUGGCAAUCAGACUAGGUCAUCUUUGUUGUUUCUUUGUUCUACUCUGCUAUAUAACCGUCAAGUGUGUUCAUUUAUCUGACAGCAUGGAACGGGGAAUGAGAAAGAUGUAAUGAUGUUUGAAUACCUGUCAAUAAAGAGAAGCGAGUGUUGGGUUGAUCAUGCCAUGCAGAGAUGUGGAAGUGGUGAGCAGUGGAGACAGAGGAGUGGAUAACCACCUCCCCCAGCUGUCUCACUGCCCCCCUCUUCAGCCCUACAAGCCCACUGCAGAACUGUUUGUCAGUGAGUGGCACCACUGACCGCUAACUGAAUAAUGUCCACGUGAAGAAAUGCCAAUGUUUUAAUGAAGUCCUUUUUAUAUAAAUACGAUUAUUUG